AUGAGGGAUCUUGGUGAUAAUGGAAAUGUUCUGUAUCUUGACUGUAUCAGGGCCAACAGCCUGGCUCCCGCCCGCUCACUGAGCCCUGCGCGGUGGUCGGCUGCUCGUGCUCCGGCGGGGAGCGCCCCUUGGGGCUCCCGGCCACUUUCCGCGCGCCGCGUCUCCCGACUGCCGGCGAGUCGGCAGCCUCAGCGCCGACCCCGCCUCGUCCGCCCGCACCGCCUCCGCCCCUUGCCGCUGCCAGCCCAGGCGAGAGGGCAUGACAGGCAAUGCCCUCCCGGCCAGUUCCCGUUCCGGGCCGGGGCGCGGCCGCUUCUGCUCCCAGCCUCCCGCAGCUGCCAGUGUCGUGAGCUCUCUCGGCUUCGGCGCUGCCCCGGGCCUCGGUGCUCCUCGGUCCCCGCGCUCUCGGGCCUCGGUGCUCCUCGGUCCCCGCGCUCUCGGGCCUCGGUGCUCCUCGGUCCCCGCGCUCUCGGGCCUCGGUGCUCCUCGGUCCCCGCGCUCUCGGGCCUCGGUGCUCCUCGGUCCCCGCGCUCUCGGGCCUCGGUGCUCCUCGGUCCCCGCGCUCUCGGGCCUCGGUGCUCCUCGGUCCCCACGCUCCGAGCCUCCGCUCGCUCUUGUUCCCAGCUGCUGCGAGGUCUGCACACGUGGAGCCCAAGUAAGUUCCAGCGACUGGGGAUGGUCGCACCGGGAAGAAGUUUCCUGGGGUCCUGGGCGCUGCUAGCGGGGAGGCGCAGAGAGGAGGGAUCCUGUUUGUGGGCGGAAUGCAAUAUUCCCCCUGGAAGAGCUCCGGGUGGGACAAGGAGGAGAAAUGCAGUUUGAGGAAUGCAGAAAAAGUUCAAACGGAUCAACUUCGAUGUCUGCGGAAUCCCUGAUCCCUCGUUAGGGGAUUUCUAAAUCCGGCCUGCAACUUAGAAUGCCCCUUGCGUAUCCCAGACCAAUUACAUGAGAAUUCCUUGUGGUAGGACCGAGGCCUCUAGGGCGUUUGAACUCCCCAGAUGAUUCCAGUGUGCAGGCAGGGCUGGGAAAAACCAAUCUCCAAAUAAAGGAUGGCUGCCAAGGAAGGUGGAAAGACCGCCGGCAGGGACGUUGAUGGAGUCCAGCAGCAGACGGAUCCCGCUGCACCCCUGUCCUGCGUGGUCUUGGGGACCCGGCAGCGGGCUUCCGUCCGGCUGUCUGAGCCGCAGAAAGGGGAAUGAGACUGUUUGGCAGGGUGAAUAGCGUGUUCAAAAUGAACCUCGUGUAUUCACACGGUCUUUUGGCGCAUUGUGAAAAACAAGGACUGCCGGAUCCUUAUGAUUCCCCCCUGAUUCUGCAUUCCAGAAGAUGACACCAUUGUUGCAUUGACAUGAAAUUGGGGGAUACCGUACACCCAUGGCCUCGACAGCUUCUGGGUAAUCUGCUUUAAGGGGGAGGCCAGGUGUGUUUGCCACAGGGUUUCCUUCUGAAAGCCUUCCAUGUGGGUUAUACCAUAUCCAGCGAAGGGUAAUCCUACUGUGAAUAUGAGAGGAUUGAAUUUCCUAGGAUGGACCCUUCCUCAUCCGGGGGAGGGGGAGAUAGUUGGGACCAAGUAGCUAUAACCCCAGAAGCAAGACCAUUGGACAAAACACAGACUUCUAACGUGUGUGCAGAGCAGAUUAAAAAAAAAAAAAAAAGUAUUUGCAACAAACAGCCCAGAGGUAGAAGAAAGGACUUUUAAAUGUUUUAAGAAGAGUACUUUUAAUUUUUGUGGAGUGGAGAAAGAAGUUCAGUGCUUUGGAGUCCAUCCAACCUGGACCCAAAUUCAGAUUCUGUCACUUCUGUGAUAUGUGCCCCUAGGUAAAUUACCUGAAAACUGGGGAUAAAAAUGGUAACUCUGUCCUGGGAAUAAUAUAGUUAAAUGAGAUAAUGUGUAGCAAAUGGCAGGUGCUCUGUGAGCUGUGGUUAUUUGUGUCUGACACCUGUUUUCUUAAUGCAGCCAUGAAGGGUGGGGGGAUAUUUGUCCAGAAAUUGUCUCCCUCAACAUUCCGCAGUUCUUCUGCCCUGCUAAGGGGAGAGUUUCUUCCCCCUUGGACCUCCAGCUGCUUUGAGGUCUGGAAUCUCAAGCCAGCAGU